AUGGCACUGAAAAGAGUAGUUUGUGCAAUAUCAGGAGGUGUUGACAGUGCAGUUAGUGCGUUUUUGCUCAAGCAACGUGGUUAUGAUGUUAUUGGCGUUCAUAUGGUUUAUAUUUUUUGGGAUAAAUUGAACAGAUAAUUUUGGGUCUUUUGCAGAUAAAUUGGGACACCCAAGAAGAAAACAAAGAUCCGUGUGCUGGAAAAAAUGAAAUGAUUGAUGCGCGC